AUGGACUCAUUAUGUUCUUGUCAACCAAAGCCCAGAAUCCCUCGGCCACGGAAUGCAUUCUUUCUGUACCGAGAGGCCCACUACAAAGCUGUUGUCGCAUCCGCCGAGGUCUCACCUCUGCCUAGUACCACUGUUGCAAAGAUCCUUGGGAGACAAUGGAGGGACCUUCCAGAAUCAGCCAAAGCCGAAUGGAAAGAACUUGCAGAGGAGGAAAAAAGACAGCAUAAGCAACGAUAUCCUGACUACAGAUAUUGCCCAUCCUCAAGAAUCUGUUCUCAAUGCGGCGGAAGACAAAUCAGGGGUGCCAAAAGUCAUAGGGAAGGUUCAUCUGGAUCUCCAGCAAGGGUGGCUUCGGAUGAAAUCAUGGACCUUGUACCGAGCAGGGAGAUGAUGUUGGAGUGGAGCGACUACUCUGAUGAGCAAGUAUGUCAGCUAUUCAGCCUCCCUGAGAAGGGAGAGGACCAAGUUGCGCGACCCAUUACACCAUCUCCGCCGCCGUUUUCGACGAUCAAGCCGUGUUUAUUGGAAAAGCAGCACGGCCGAUGGACACUGUGUUCAAUUUUGCUCCCAACUGACCAUGGCUAUGGCUCCCAAGUAACGCUCUUUGAUAGUUGUCUGACCUACCGCAUGCUCCAUGUGGUUGGCUGGAUGGCCAUCACUACAGGAGAGGCUUAUUUUAAAUUAACCGAUGAUACUAUCCGUGAAUUAGCUGAGUACUAUAACAGUACAUGUACUGAUCUAAGCCGGCAGCAAAGGUUCCUAGCUGCAGCAUAUGCAUUUUGCUACUCUGUUGGCUAUAACGAGAUACUUGAUGCUUUGGAAGAUGAUGGUAGUGGUGAACUUAAAGUCUCAGUCACUGUGACCCAGGUCACAGUUUUAGUCACUGUAACCACAACUGGUACAGGGGUGCUGCUUGUAGAGCUUAGAAUAGUGGUGGAGAGCAUGACGACUGGGGAGGGUGCACUGCUUGAAGGAGGGGUGCUGCUCAGGAAUAAUGCCGUGCUUGAAGAAGCAAUACCUGUGCUGGCCUUACUAUCCUUUGAGGGAGUCGACAAUCCUUUCUUAGAGCAUGAAGAAGGGAUCAUCAGUGGCCACGUCAAGUUCCGGAGCAAUAGAGAUAUCAAAUUGUUCUUGACCCUGGAGAGGGCGGAGGAGCCUGAAGCUCUGAGAGACACAUAUAUUUGUGAUGUUCAUGGCCAAUGUUGUCUCAUUGAAGAUCAUCUGAGCUGCUGGCUCAGGACACAGCAAGAGCAGCACAAGGAGGCCAUGGUAUCCCCACAACAGCUUCCAUCCAACUGGAACCGGUUACGGAAUGCGCGUCGUCAUAAGCACAGUGUGUCAGUUGCCUACGUCUUGGCCGCAGCCCUUCACUUCCUCGCCCCUGAAGCGAGUCCCAAUCCGGUUAAAGAGGCAGCAUGGGACUAUUCCCAUUCAGAUCAUUCCUCCAUUGUCGCCCUGGUUGGCCUCGACACCCCACAGGCUCAGACGGGAAGGGAGACGUUCAAGGUUGGAAGACGUGCCCCCAUGGCAGAGAAUCUGGUGAUCCUGGGGAGUGAUUUCCUCCUCUGGAAUGGAAUAAAGCGAGGAGGAGGCAGACACUCAAUUCAUGGUCUCAAGGGCUCCUGGUGUCAGGUGUGUGCUACUCUAAACUUCCAAGUUGGUGUCACUGCGUGGCGUCAGAAGGAAUUUACCAAGGAGUCCGGUCUUGGUCAAUUUUACUAG